AGUGCUCACACUGAAUUGAAGAGAGUAAAACAUACAUGGCGGUCUCAUCGUCCCUCCUUUACUCUUUGCUCUUCAUCUCCUGCCUCGUCCUCUCUGCCACUAAGGCAGAGUCUCAGGCCAAGCCUCCCAUCGUGAACGGCCUCUCAUGGACCUUCUACGAGUCCAGCUGCCCCGGCAUCGAAUCCAUGGUCACGAAACAUCUCAAAUCCGUCUUCAAGAAGGACAUCGGCCAAGCCCCUGCCUUGCUUCGCAUCUUCUUCCACGACUGCUUCGUCCAGGGGUGUGAUGGGUCCAUCUUGUUGGACGCGAUUGCACCAAGCAACCAGAGUGAGAGAGACUCCAGAUCCAACGGUGGCAUCAGAACAGAGGCCUUGAAGACCAUCGACGAUAUUAGAGAGCUCGUCCACAAGAAAUGUGGAAGAGUUGUCUCCUGUGCUGACAUCGUCGCUCUCGCGGGCCGUGAUGCUGUUGUCUUGACAGGAGGGCCCAGCUUCCCAGUUCCACUAGGAAGACGGGACAGCCUCACCUUGAACUUCGACGAGACAAGCAACCUCCCAUCUCCCUUCGCCAACACCACCGGCACCAUCAAGACCUUCGACGACCAGAACUUCGACGUAACCGACGUGGUCGCCCUCUCCGGCGCCCACACCUUCGGGCGAUCCCACUGCAACUCCUUCUCCGACCGCGUCUCCGGCACGAGCCCGGCUCCCAUCGACCAGACCCUCCUGAAGAACCUCAAGGCCACUUGUCCCAGCGCCAGCUCACCCAACACGGCAAACCUCGACAUCCGAACUCCCAACAAGUUCGACAACAAGUACUACAUCGACCUGAUGAACCGACAGGGAGUGUUCACGUCAGAUCAGGACCUGUUUUCCGACGGUCGUACCAAGAAGUUGGUACAGAGCUUUGCGCUGGACGAGAAGCUGUUCUUCGAGAAGUUCACGAACGCUAUGAUAAAGAUGAGCCAGCUUAGGGUUUUGACGGGGAAGCAGGGAGAGAUCAGAGCCAAGUGUAAUCUCAGGAACAGUGGGAAGAAGUCUAUGUUGGCUUCUGUGGUGGAAAAGGCGGUUGAAAUGGCGGAACAGUUCUAGAUAAUAAUGGAGGCCACGGAUACAUGAUGAUGCACGUUUCAAGUCUUCUGUAAGUUUUACUUUAGAUAUCAUCCCAAGUGCGAGAUGUGAGACACUUUUGGGUGUUUGAUCGUUUAAUUUGGAUAAUAAUUUGUGCAAGGUUACGUUUUGGAGGGUUCUAACUCUGGUACUGAGAUAUAUAUAUAUAUAUAUAUAUAUCUAUGCUUCUUGUCGUUGUA